CAUUUGCCACAGCAGGGGAUCCUUGUCCGAAAAAAAAAAGGGUCCUCUCAGUCGUGGAUACCCUUAUCUUCCGAACUUCCUUUUCUUCUCUCACACAAAAACACGCACUAAAAAUUCCAUAUUCACACGCACAAAAUUCUCCUCCACCCCCAAAAAUUUCCAAAAUUCCUGCAAUCAAUCGCAGAAAAAUCAUACUAUGCCAACGAGCUCAAUCACUUCGUCCAACUAAGUUUCUCCGCCUCGCCGGAUCGCCGCAGCAUGAUUUCCCGUUUUGCCCCUCCUUCGAAUUUACCAUUUCCUAACCCUAGCGGCCGCUUCCUCGUCGGUGCUAACCACACUUCCGCUCGCUUCUGCUGCCGAUAGUUGUACAUUUUUUUCGUUGACUUUUCCAAAUUAAAUUUAGUUGGGGAGAAAUUCAUUCUGUGACACAUACUGCGGAAAAAUAGAGAUUCGAUUUAUUGAUAUUUUUUGUUUUUUAAUAAUUUUUUAGUGUGAUUUUUUUGGUUUUGUUGCUAAUGGAGCCGAAUUUGGGGAAGCCGAGCUUCCUGAGGAAUAUUCUGGUGCGGCUGUUUCUGUUCUGCGUGUUUGUGAUCGCUCUCCGAUUUGCUUACGUGGUCACAAUCCGAGGUGAAUCCUGCGACGUUGGCGAUUUCUGCUUCUUCGCCUUGCCGGAUAACAUCGACGUCGUCUCCGGAGUCGGGGAGGUGACGAAAUCAGGGGUUAUUUCGAGCUCCCCGCCUUCUAAGCAGAAGAAGAUUCCCGAUUUAUGGGCGACGGGCGGUUUCCAGAAAUCGGUGCAGUUUUACUCUUCAAUUUUUCAGGAUCUGAUGUCGGAGGCUUUUCUGAGCCCUAAUAUGAAAACCUUAUGCGUCGACACGCCGACCGGAGCCGAUGUGUUCGCGUUGAGGGAAUUGGGGGUGGAGGAUUCGAUUGGCAUUUCGAAGAAAGGGUUCAAGCCGCUGGUGGUUCCAGGUCAAGGUUUAAAGCAGCCGUUCAGCGAUUCGACUUUUGAUUUCGUGUUCUGUGGCGGAGGCGUGGUGGAGAAAUCGCCAAAGCUCGGCAAUUUUGCGGCGGAGAUUCAGCGGACAAUGAAGCCCGAAGGGUUUCUGGUCGUCCACACAGGGGCCAACGAUACUUACAGUUUUGAAUCAUUACUUGGUUUGUUUAAUUCUUGUAAAUUUGUAAGGAGUAGGGAUGUUGAUGGAUUGAAUUCCAAAAUGCCAUUCAUUCGAGAAGUUGCUCUACAAAAAUUUGGUGGAGAAGAGUCCGUGGAGGAAAAAUCUCGUGAUUCGGCAAAGAAAUGCAGUGUUCCGAGCUAUAAGAAGGAUUUGAUCAAGAAAGCAGAGCCAUUGAUUGAGGAGGAGCCGAAAAAGCCUUGGAUUACGCUUAAGAGGAAUGCUCAGAAGAUUAAGUAUUUAGCCUCUAUGGUUGAUAUCAGUUUCAAGCCAAGGUAUGUGUAUGUUGAUGUUGGAGCUCGAAGCUAUGGUUCGAGCAUUGUAAGCUGGUUCAAGAAGCAAUACCCUAAGCAGAACAAGACAUUCGAGAUAUAUGCAAUUGAGGCAGACAAGACUUUCCAUGGUGAUUACAAGCUUAAGAAAGGGGUUACAUUGCUUCCCUAUGCAGCGUGGGUGAGGAACGAGUCCUUGUUCUUUGAGAUCAAUGAGGACCCGGGCCACAAAGAGGUAGAGAAAGGUAGAGGGAUGGGCAGGAUUCAGCCAGUUCAGACCUCAGGCGGCUCUACAUCCUCUGGCAAUGUCGAUCAGAUUCAGGGCUUUGAUUUUGCUGAUUGGUUGAAGCAUAGUGUGACAGAGAGAGACUAUGUGGUAAUGAAGAUGGAUGUUGAAGGCACUGAAUUUGAAUUGAUCCCUAGAUUGUUUGAAACUGGAGCAAUUUGCUUGAUUGAUGAACUGUUCCUUGAAUGCCAUUAUAACCGGUGGCAGAAAUGCUGUCCCGGGGAGAGGUCUGCGAAGUAUGAAAAAACGUAUGGGCAGUGCUUGGAUUUGUUCACAUCUCUAAGGAAAAGUGGAGUUCUAGUACAUCAAUGGUGGUGACUGGUAAUAGAUCUAUAUCCCAACUGUACCAUUUCUCAUUUGCAAAAUGCCUGUUUCUGCAAAUGAAUGAAGAUGCUUUGGCGUUAUUUGGUUCUUUUUUCUUUCUCUAGUUUUAGUAACAUUUGACAUCCAUAUAUGUACUUACUCUCCUUUCAAAGAAAAGUCCAAUAGAUAAAAUAUCAAUAUUUCUGGUA